AUGGCAGGUUUAAUGGCCAAUAUCACUCUGUCUCCUCCACCAACGAUAAUUGACGACAGUCAAAAAGACUACACUGUCGCAGCAGUGUGUAUUAUUCUGGGAAUAAUCGGUUCAGCAUGUACGAGUUUGCGACUAGGCUUCCGAUUCCAACAGAGAGCCUUUGGGGCUGAUGACUGGGCAAUGUUGGUCGCUUUAGUCAGUAGAAUCCCAAAGUUCAAUGCGAGUGAGUUUUGCUAACCCACUACAGUUUUUGUAUAUUGGACACACAAUCAUGGCAGGUUAUGUUAACCUCAAUGGAGGAAUUGGAAAGCCUCUUUGGGUUGUUACAAACGGAGAGUUCAUCAUCUGGUUCAAGGUUAGUGAACACGACUUUGGCUUCUGCAGCGAUGACUAUCAUACUGAUCAAAGUAAACUGCUAGGGUGUAGUGGGAAGUGCUUUUCUCUACCCAGCCAUGACAUCCGCAAUCCGAGCCUCAAUCGUCCUCUUCUACCAUCGAAUAUUCUCCCAGACCGUCCCAAACUUCAAAUGGGCAGUCUACGUCUACCUGGCUUUGACAGCCGGUAUCGUCGUUGUGUUUUCGAUCUUGCCAGCCACAAUCUGCCCCACUGACAAAUUUUCGUCUUUGUGGUCGCCAUUGCUCCGUCAAAAAGAUUGCAAAUCCGAUCUAUACUAUGUCAAUACCCAAAUUUCACUUUACAGUUGCAGCGUCGCGUUCGACGUUAUUUUGCUCUUCAUGCCACUCUAUCCAAUUACUAAGUUACAGAUGCCAGCAAAGAAGCGAAUGGGCGCUCUCAUCAUGUUCAUGCUUGGUUCCUCGUAGGUUACACCCGAGCCUCGCUUAGACAUCGUGGGUAAAAAUUGCUAAAAAUCUGGAUAGAGCAUGUAUCGCAGUAUCGUAUAAACUGGCAGUUUUCGUCAUGCAAAUGGCUAAAUACGAUCACAUCGAUCCUCGUUGUAAGUUUGAAGCGAAAUUACAUUCAAACGGGAAACUGACAAGUUUUAGGGAUGAUGACCCAGCUCUCUCGCGUAGUCCCCCCUCAAUUCGACGCCUACGGGUAUACCUUCUGGAUCCCAUCUCAAGUCGAACCUACCGUUGCCUUGAUCGGAACGUCACUUCCAGCCAUAUCACAAGCUCUGAUGAAAUUGUCACCCGGCUUUAAGAAAUUCAUGGCCACAGUUGGGAGCACCAAUCGAACCAAAAGCUCUCAAGGAGUUGUAACCAUGGAGUCCAAAUAUGAGAACUUGGAGGGUCCCAACGGCUAUCUUAAGGGAGACAGUGAGUCCCAGGUCGGGCUAAGAGACACCAAUUAUGAAUUGAAGAGCAUUGAUGAGAGACGGGGGGGACGCUGA